GCAGAGGGAAAAGGUGUCAAAUGGCACAUCAUCCCGCCCGCCACUAGGUUAGAGUGGGAGAAAACCGAAGCACUUUCUUCAGCUCAGAGUAAUCUGGAGCUGUGCAGAGGGGUCACUGCAGCUGCCUGGUCCAGUCAGCCAUGCUCAUAAAGUUUAUCUGCGCCGUGGUCACUAGAGCACUGUUCAUCUUGAUCUCACUCAUUGGCGUGUGGAGGGUAACAAAGGUGAAAAAUAAUGACCUCUACUGGUUUCUGACCAUCCUGUAUCUGCCCCUCGUGUUUGAAAUGAUUUUAACUCUGAGGAGGAGAAAAGGGAAGGACUACAAGUGGUUCUCUCCGGCAAUUUUCCUCUUCCUCCUUAGUAUUAUACCCACCAUUUGGAUCCUUGAGCUGCAUCAUCAGCAGAACAAAUCCAGUAAUGCUAAGUGUGGUAAACUUGAUUCUCCUGAGAGCAUCAAAAAUAUAUUUAAUAACAUGAGGAAUAUGACCAAUGGAACUGAAGCUUAUAAGUUCUUUAAAGACUCAGCAAAGUUUUUGUCAUCCGUAUGCGCCAACGACUGGAUCCUGGCUUUGCACCAGAUCCUGCUCAUCCUGCUGAUCGUGGGGAAGUGGCUGAUGCCCAUUGGAGAGGGGGUCACCCGGGACGAACUUUCCCAGCUGUUGCUCAUCUUCGUGGGCACAGCUGCUGACAUCCUGGAGUUCACAAGCGAGACACUGUCCGACGUGAAAGAUAAUAGCCCUCAGUUGGUGUACAUUAUUCUAGCUGUGUGGACGUGGAGUAUGCUACAGUUCCCCUUUCAUCUCUCAGUGGUUAAUUCGAAAGCUGAUGAUGAGUGUGAGAGCCAGGGUGACUCUUUCCUCAACAGACACAGGACAGACUUAUGGGCCGUGGUGGAGACCCUCUUCAUUCAGGACGGCCCGUUCCUUUUAGUUCGCUUGACAGUCAUGAUCCAUUUUGACAUCAUCCACCAAAUGCUGGUAUUCUUUACCAUCAAGAACUUGCUGGUGGUGACGCUAAACGUCUACCGGAUGUGGGUCAUUUUUCAUGACUAGAGGGUCAAUCUGAGCAUCCAAAAUGCAGCUUCAAGGCCUUUGAUCAAACUCUAUAGCUAUUAAAUGGGAACACAUUGGCUAUGUGACCUAGCAGUGGCUUUGGUUGAAGGCUUGUUGCUGUAUCACUACUGGUGGACUCAUCUGGACGAUGUUACAUUCUUGACCAGUUUACAGACACUUAUAAUACAUGACAGUGGUAAUUAGUUGGAAAGUAGAAAGAAUUGCUUCUGCACUGCAAAAAGAGAUGCAUUAAACUAAUUUGUUAAAAAUAUGUACAUCAUGUCCACACUAAUAAAAAAAAAAUUAUAUCCAUAUUUAUAUAUAUAUAUAAAUAAAACAAAAUUUAUGUUACCGUUUUCUAGCUUCAAUUUACUUCCAUGUGUCUUGUGAACACCUCCAAAGUUCAGUUUUAGAAGUUGGUUGCAACUGAUCCCAAUUACACAUUUAGAACUUUGUUGUUGUUGUUUUUUAUCCAUCCUUUAGCCCAGCCAUGUCAAACUGGGUACCUUCCGGGCUAAAGUGCUGCAGAGAUUUGUGUCUACCCUCAUCUAACACUCUAAAAGCAGUUCAAGAAAGCCUUGCUAUUUAGCUGAUGAGCUGAAUCAGGUGUGUUUAAUGAAGCAGUGUGCUGAAGUCUACAGUGUUUUGGCCCACAAGGACUGGAGCUUCACACAUGCUCUAGCCCAUCCUCAAUGAUCAGUUUCUGACUAUGGAACCACACUUGGGUGGACAUUUCUGGGUGGGCUCAUCCUAGCAGUGACAUUGCUGUAUGUAAAAAACCCAGCAGAACCAAAUACACUUGUACCAGCAAUGCACACGCUUCUAUACCAUUACCCUGUCAGUGUCACUGCUGUGCUGAGAAUGAUCCACUGCCUGGUCAGUGGUCAUCCUGUUGUGGUCUGUUUCUACUAUUGGAUCCAACUACUGUGGACAGCAUUUAAGCCUGAAGCUGUUCCUUUGGAUGACUUCAUAAAUGUCAUGAAAGUAUGACAUAGAGGGGAAGUUACAAAAUAUUGACACUCUUAGUUGCCUUUUUCCUUCUUUUUUGUGUUUAUCAGUAAUCAUUACAUCAAAAAAUGUUUCAAACUAAUUCUAUUUGUCCGCCAGUGUGAAAAUAAUGCACACAUUUGAAUCAAGUUUAAGUCAAUGUAUGACUUUGUUCUGUGUGUCAAAGAUAAAAACAUCUCAAAGCAAGACAUAGCGUUUGUCAUAAACAAGUUUUACAGUAUUAAUUAUAUUGAAAUUCUACAGGAAAUUUUAUUGCUAUCAAUAUAUCAUCCAGGAGGACAGGCUUUGCUUAUGAUAGUUCAAAAAGAAAGUUAUUUAGAAAAAAAAAGAAGAAGCAUGUAAUUGCUUUCCUUUUUCACAUUUCACAAUUACAUUGAUUUAAACAUACUGCAGUUGCUGCUGCCGCAGAAAUGAGUGCUUUUUGUUUAUUAUAGUCUCAUCUCUUUCGUGUGAGAACAAUGUUGUUUUAUGAUAAACCUGACCGUUUGGAAAACAUACAGGUGGUUUUUCCUUGUAUUUUACUUCAUGCCAUUACUUGCCACUUGCUGAACAACUUCCCCCAGGCUUUGAGAGACAGAGGAGUUUAUGCAAGUGUAAAAGCAGACCAAGCCAUUCUUCCAUUCUCCUCUAAUCAGAAGACAGUUUAAAUCUGUGUGUAUAGCAAUAAGCUUCAGAUCAACAAACUGUGUCUGAUUACUGACGUCCCCAAACAAAGGCCAAAGUUGAUUAGCUGGGAAAAUGGGUUCUAAAAGCUGUUUGCCUUUGGACAUCACCUGCAGGAAAGCACAGAGUCGCUUUGGCAGCUGGGCACAGGGGUGUGAGGGUGAAAUCAAGAUCCUGUGUGUAUUGGCCCAAACAGGCCAAGCCACAGAGGUCAGUCAAUAAACAAAGGCAUGUCUUGCUUGCUGCUUUCCUCUAAUGACUCAGUGUUGUGAUUAUCUCCA